AUGGGUGACGUGCUCUUCAAGUCACUCGACGUCUUCUCAUCCGAUAUGCCGUGGUAUCACUGCGUCGGAUCGAAGAGCAGAGCUUAUUGCCAUUCAACCCAACGCGAUUGUCGCAGUGUGAAACCAUUUGGAUAUUUACCUAGCCUCUACCAACGGCGAUAUUAUAAUGUUGAUGUGUUCACUGCACAACUCAGCAACGAAUUGAGGUCCGUGAAUUUGACGGACACGAUACCUCUUGUGCACUAUAAUGAUGCGAUUGUGAUCACUACGUUGACUACCAUUAUUUUCAUUUUUCAAGCAAUGGUUCAUGCGGAGACGAGGAAUGCAUUCGUUUUACAAAUGGCUCAAGGCGAUUUCAACGUGUUUUCUCAAACAUAUUUAAAUCUGAAUAACUACACUGUGAAAGCUAAUCGAGCUAGUUCAAAAAUCUACGCAAUAUUUAUGGGAUCGCUAGAAGCAUAUGGAGAUCUUUAUCCACCACUUAUAUUCAUUUUGUCUUUGUUCGGAACAGUUUCCGCUAUAUCGAGCAAGGACUGUUACCUUUUUCAAGUCAGUCUUGCAACUAACGUCUUGCCAAUGACAGCUCUUGUUGUAUUGUUGUGUGAGCUUUUCGUCAUCGUUUUCUUUUACGGAAUCAGACGUCUGUUCUCCAACGUUGCCACAAUGGUCACUAGCGGAACAAGGAGGCACUCACAAAUUAAGAUGACCGAUUACUUAUUGAACUUGUUAAUGGCAGCUCUAUGGAUCGGAGUGAUUCCAAUCGCUCUAAGUCCAGCAGAACCUAUCCUAAAUAUGCAAUGCAACUGGGAACGUGGACAGAAGAGAGACGGCAAGAAACACGGUGAUGAAGACAGAAUUUCGGCGGGAGAUUUUAAAAAGAUCAGAAAAGGGUGUGAAGGUGGCAAGAAGAGCAAGCGAGAUGAGCAAAAGAAAGCCAGCCCAAGUAAACAAGGAAGAAAAAGUGAAGGACGACUAGAAGGAGGCAAAAUAAAUGUGGACCGACAGAACAGAGAAAAACUGGAUGAAAAUCAUGUCAGUAGAGGACAGAAUAAGAAAAGUUAUGGAAGAAAAGGUCAUAGGCUAAGUGGAGAAGGAAUGAGCGGUGAAAGUUGUAGCCGAGAACGUCAUGGUCGACAUCGUGCCGGUGGAGAAGUAGUGAGCGGGGAAAGUCACAGCCGAGAAGGGUAUAGUCGAAAUCGUACCAGUGGAGAAGCGUUGAGCAGGGAAAGUUAUAGUCGGAAAAGGAGUCGGGAAGAGAAACGCCAUAAAAAAGCGAGCCGUGACUCACAAGACAACGAAGGUGAGGAAUAG